AUGUCUGAUUCGGGGUCUCAGGCUAAGAAGCCCAAGCCAGGGUUCACCAAUCCUGCUUUCAAGGCGAUGGGUAUACCGCCUUUGAAGUUGCCAUCGCGGAAUUGGAUGAUCUUUUGGUCAGUGCUCACUGUGUCAGUCUCUGGUAUAGUAUACGAUAAACACAGGCAAAAGCAGAUUAGAAACCAUUACAAGGAUAUCGUAGAACCUUUGGCGUCUGGGAAUUUGGAAGUUAACACGAAACCAAGAAAGAUUACUGUCUUUAUCGCACCUCCACCUAGCGAUUACUUGGAUACAUCUCUAAAAGUAUGGAAGCGAUACGUCAAGCCUAUAUUAUACUAUGCUGGCUUAGACUACGAAGUGAUUGAAGAAGAGAAGCAGGGUGUAAUAAGAACAGAAGUUGCCAAUAGGAUAAGAGAAGUGAGAAAACAGUUACGAGAGCUCGCUUCGGGGAAGCAAGAUGGGGAAAAUGCACAACGUCUUGCAUCGCAGGACCAGGAUGAGUUUGAUCCAGAGUUAGCAAAGAAAUACAAAAGCGAGUUUGAUUUUAGAGACGCAAUUGGCAUUUUUUACAAGACUUCUAAACCACAAAUAAUCUAUGAGGACUCUCAGAACCCUGAUCCAUCGCUAGCUGGAGGCAUCAUUUGCCUAGGGAGAGGUGCAUAUAAAGAGUAUAUUACCGGGUUGCAUGAGGGUUUGUUAGGACCAUUGGAUCCACCGGCGUCUGUUGAACCAAAGGUUGAAGAAACACAGGUUGAAGAACCAAAAGUCGAAAAUAUGCAAGGCACAGAUCUAAAGGUCGAGAAUGCGCAAGGUGAAGAUCUAAAGGAGAAUGUGCAAGAUGAGAAGGAGGGCGAAAAAGACGAUAAGGAGGAAGAGACUAAGGACGAAAAGGUACUGAAGCCAUUCAUAACGUCCGACAAUUACUCGGAGGCUGAUAUCCCCCAGGAACUUCAAUUCCAGCGUGGCUUGUUUAUCAAGGACCCUUCGACUGGCAUCCCAAUACUGCCUCAUCAAGCGAUUCUUAUGAUACCGAUUCCGAAUUUGAUUGGUUUUCUCAAUAUUCCUGAGAGAAUAUACAGAUUUUACCAAAAAAGAUUCUAUGCCGAAGCAGUGUGUUCAGCAGUAACAGAUGUGGUUGAACAAAAGAACAUCAGGCCCUACCAUUCUCCCCAAGAUUUAGCUCUUGGCGCCGAGGAAGAAGAUUGGCCCAAAAGCUGGGUUAAAGAAGGCUUGAAGAGGAAAAGCGAGUGGACAGCGGAAUUGAAAGAUGAUCCAAGAGUAACUGAAUUAUUAACGGUCUACAAUAAGGGCAAAGAAGAGCCUGAAAAGUAG